AUGGGCCCGCGCGGGGCGGCGCGGCUGACGGUGGCGGUGGCGGCGGUGGCGUUGGCGGCGGCUCUGCGGGCGUCCACGGGCGGAGGGCAGGAGGAGGGCGGGGAGGGCUGCGGGGGGCUGCGCGGCGUCACGGCCGUGCUGGGCAACAACACGCACCAGUGCGUCUUCGACGACCUCAGCGGCUCCGUGUCCCUGUCGUGGGUGGGCGAUAGCACGGGGGUCAUCCUUGUGCUGACCACGUUCCAGGUGCCCUGGGUGAUUGUGAUCUCUGGGCAGUCCAAGCUGUACCGCAGUGAGGACUAUGGGAAGACCUUCAAGGACAUCACCAACCUCAUCAACAACACCUUCAUCCGCACCGAGUUUGGCAUGGCCAUCAGCCCCGACAACUCGGGGAAGGUCAUCCUGACAGGUGAUGUCUCUGGUGGCAGCCGCGGCGGCCGCAUCUUCCGCUCAUCUGACUUUGCCAAGAACUUUGUGCAGACCGAGCUGCCCUUCCACCCUCUGGCACAGAUCUCCUACCACCCGCAGGACUCCAACCGCCUGCUGGCACUCAGCACCGACAAUGGCCUCUGGGUCUCCAAGGACUUUGGGGAGCGCUGGGAGCAGAUCCACAGAGCUGUCUGCCUGGCCAAGUGGGGUGCAAACGACACCAUCUUCUUCACCGCCUACCUGAACGGCUCCUGCACUGACCUCGGCUUCCUGGAGCUGAAGAAAACCACCGACUUCGGCAAAACCUUCAAAGUCAUCGGCACCAAGAUCUACUCCUUCGGGCUGGGCGGCCGCUUCCUCUUCGCCUCCGUCAUGACGGAGAAGGGCUUCACGCGGCGCAUCCACGUCUCGCUGGACCAAGGUGAGAGCUGGAGCAUGGCGCAGCUGCCCUCCGUCGGCCACGAGCAGUUCUACUCCAUCCUGGCUGCCAACGACGACCUGGUGUUCAUGCAUGUGGAUGAGCCGGGCGGUGAGCGGGGCUGGGAUGAGGAGGGGAUGUGGAAGGG